GCCACAUCUGUCUACGACCCCGUCUCGUGCUCCCAGGCGAAACGGCGACAAUAGCACCCGUUGUACGGCGCCGCUGCGGGGAGUCGACGGAGGCCGGGAUCCAGUGCGCGGUGGUGGAUUCGUUUCGCGCCUUCCUCUCCCGCGAAAAUCCCUUCCGCGCUCUCCCUCAAAUACUCACUGUGUGUCCUCCCCAUCCAACCCUAGCUUCUAUUCCGGCCACCAUGUCGCGGCAGGAACGGGCGGCAGCGGCGGCAACGCUAAAUCUGCUGAAGGUGGAUGCGGCUCGGGUGCGCAAGGCAGCCGCGACGCAAUCGCGGAAGGAUGCGGCGGCGCCGAUGCGGAAGGCCCCGGGGCGAGUUCGGGAUUGGGCGGCGCCGAUGCGGAAGCAGAGGACUUCGGGCGUAGCGGCGCAUGUGCCGGAGCAGAGGACUUUGGGCGGAGCGGCGCUUGUGGGUGCAUAUGGCUCCGGCAGCUUCUUCAAUGGGGGCGCCGACGGCUUCUUUGGCAGUGGUGGACAGGGCCCCAUUCAACCAUGGAUGUCUCAGUCUUCGGAUCCUUCAACAUGGGGUCAAAAUGCAACACCUCCUGGAGGUUUUACAAACUUUAUCCAGCCUACCUUGUCUCAAAAUUUUAAUUUUGUUGGAGAACAUUCUCAAUUUGCCCCAUUCAAGCCGCCGCGGACUUUGCAAGACGAUAUACCAUCAGAGGAAGAAUUGUCCACUCCACCAACAACAAAAGGUAAUAAUGCAUAUGUCAAUGUUGACAGCAGUGAUGAGGCACCUAGGACUGAGAAGCGAAUCUUUUGGUCUCAAGAAGAAGAUGUUAGGAUGAUGAGCUCUUGGUUGCUCAACUCAACAGACUCAACCAUUGGUACUGAUAAAAAGAAUGACCAAUAUUGGUCUGAUGUUGAGGCAACGUAUAAUGAGACUACACCAAGUCAUAGGCGUAGAAAUGCCAAGCAAAUCAAGGACCGUUUUCAUAAGGUAAAUAAGUGGACUAACCUUUUCCAUAGUGCUUGGUUGAAGGCUAGAAUGGUUUAUACAAGUGGCUAUAAUGAUCAAAUGUGGAUUGAGAAGGCCCAUGUAUUCUAUAUAAAAGACAAUGAGUAACUCAACC